CAAAUACUACUUGCCGCUGCCCGCAAGCUCAGCUGCCGAGCUUCCGCGACAAGUUACUGUCCGGCACGCUGUCCAGGGCCUUCUUUACGCCUCUUGUCAUUGUACAAUUUGCUGCCUGAAUACAUAUCGAGACUUAUUUGUCGCCUUCUGUAACAAUAGCCUACGGACAAGCACUGGUCCUUUCAAAAGUGUCACUGCUCACACCUGGCGGCCCCUGGUCCUAGUCGUGUUGCCCAAAUGGGGCAUAUAGGCCUCUUGCUGCUGGCUCUGGCGCUUCUCGUUGUGGCGCCAGGGGCGCUGUCGCAGUCGUCUCCUUAUGACUACGUCUCCUCGCGGACAGACAUGACAUUCAUGAAGAAAUGCAUUGAUAACCUGCUGCCAAAAAACAAGCAGCCUUGGACCGCGACGCAGAACAAGGCCCUGACCAUGUUCCUGGUCACGGACGAGGGCUUCCGCACCACCUUCAGCGGCCUCAACAUCCGGACGACUCUGGGCACUGACCCCGAGAGGUUCUGCACUGUCGUCACCAAGAAGAUGAACAACACUCGUAACGCCAUCUUCAAGUACCACGUCCUGGCGGCCAAUCUGGGCGCCCGCACCCGCGCCCAGCUGCCCGGCAACUGCCCCGUGGGCCCUGACGGCCUGCCCGGCUGCCCCUACAACACCCAGGCGGGUGGCAAGAACCUGCUUGACGUGAUCACUGUGGCUGAGGCUGACGACGUGGUGGGCACUGAUAAGACCUACCUGAUUGGUGGCGUGGACGCCAACUACGCCGACUACGUCAAGUUCCCCAACGGCACCAACGACUACGACCGGGCCGUCAAGGGCCGGAUUCUGCACACCAUCAACGCGCUGCUGGUGCCGACUCGCUACGUGCCCAUUCCUAAGUCGCCCUCGCCUUCGCCCGCGCCCAAGCCGGCGCCGAAGCCGGCGCCCACGCCCUCCCCCGCGUCGUCGCCUGGCCCGGUCAUCUCAUCUUCUCCCUCUCCUCCCCCUCCCCCGUCACCCCCUCCCCCGUCACCUCCCCCUCCCUCGCCCCCUCCCCCAUCUCCCCCACCGCCCUCGCCUCCUCCGCCCAAUCCGCCUCCCCCGAACCCGCCCCCUCCCCCUGGCAUCGCCUCUCCCCCUCCCCCUCCCUCCCCUGCUCCUUCGCCAAACCCCCCCAGCCCCCGCCCCCCUCCCUCCCCUUACGCCGGCUUCAAGUCCAUCUACGACUUCCUCAGCCAGCGUGUGGCGGACCUGUCGCGUGUCAAGGCAUCUGUGGACGCCGCGGAUCUCUUCCUGCAGCUCAGCGACCCCUCCCUCGCCUGGACCUGCUUCUUCCCCGAUGACGACUCCGCCGACUGGAACCAGCUGUGGGCGGGCGUGUACGGCGAGGGCCGCAACAUCCUGCAGCAGACGCAGUACGUCAACCAGUGCUGGGACAGCGUCCGGGCGGGCGCACUCACCAACCCCAAGUGCCCCAACGCCACGCGCGAGUACGUGGGCGUGAUGCAGAACGUGUACCUGCAGUCCUGCAGCCCCUCGGCCCCGCUGGUCAGCACGGACGUGUGGGCCAACCGCGCCAACCUCUCCACCGUGGCGCCCUACAGCGGCCUCACCACCUGGCGCAUGGGCCCCAACCCCGCCAACGCCUCCACCACCCUGUGGGUCACCACCGUGUUCGACCCCUUCCCGAUGCCCAACUCCGGACUGCUGCUGCCCAACGUCCUCAACGCACAGGGCGUGGUCGCGAUCCGCAAGCGCGACAACCUCGUCGCCAACAGCAUGGUGCAGGUCAUAAGCUCAUUCCUUGGCGAUUACGCCGCCGCGCCGCCGCCGCCGCCGCCGCCCUCGCCUGCGCCGCCCAGCCCCGCGCCGCCGCCGCAGGCCUUCGCCACCAUCUCCACCGCCCUGCUCGGCCAGAACGCGCUGUCCGUCACGCGCCAGGUCAUCACGCUCUACAACCUGACACAGCGUGUGAACGCGCUCGCCGACACCACCUGCUACUUCCCCAGCAACCAGGCCUGGGCGCUGUUCGCCGCCAACGGCAACGACCAGGGCGCCUUCAUCUCCGUGGCCGCCAACGGCACCUUCACGCCGCUGUCCCGCCACCGCCGCAGCCUGCUGCAAUCGCAGCCGCUGCCUCAACACGUCACCGCCAUCCGCUUCUGCGCGCUAGGCUUCUGCGCCACAGCCGACCUCACCACCGCCGGCGCCUCCGGCGCAGCCGCGCAGGCGCGCCGCUCGCUCGCCAUGGGCCCCAACCCCUUCAACGGCAGUCGCUUCGCCGACACGUUGACCUGGAACGUCACGUUGGAGCCGGCGGACUCGUACAACCGGGCCAUCAUGCGCAACGUGAUCCUGCAGAGCUGCUACAACCCGCCCAGUGCGGCUGGCAGCCAGAACGCGGGCGCCAACGCGGUGCGCAGGCUGGUCGAUACGGAUGAGUUCGCCUGGGAGACGGCGCUGGGCUGGGGCUCCUCCACCGGCAUCGUGGUGCAGAAGACGCCGUACACGGGCCCCUGCGGCAACAACGUGACCGUCAGCGGCGUGGCCACCAGCGGCGCCCUCACCAACCUGCCCAAUGUGGACCUGGAGGCGCUGGGCUACUGCACCCAGUGCGCCCAGUCCGACCCCGCCACCGGCCUCUACGCCGGCUGCGCCUUCACCGUCUACUCCAUCGCCACCGGCGGCGCCUCCGGCUUCGACCCCAACCCCACCAACACCAGCGCAUCAGUGAUCACCGGCCUCGGCUACAGCCGCGCCCGCAGCCCCGUGGCCUACUGGGUGCCCCACGACAUCGUGGUCGGCACCUACGACGCGCCCAAGGGCUACAUCCAGCUGCUGGACCGCCUGGUCCUGUCGCCGCGCCUGCCUCCUCCUCCCCCCUCGCCCCUGCCCCCCAGCCCGCCGCCGGCGCCCUUCCCGCCGCCGCCCUUCACCGGCCUGCGGCCGCUGCUGGAGGGCAACUCCAACUUCAACGACUGCGCCGCCAAGCUGUUCGCCGCCACCAACUACUACCCGUACGUGGAGCAGUUCGACACCUCGGGCUGGACGCUGUUCAUCCCCACCGACGACGGCUGCCAGCUGGGCCUGCAGACCUACGACUCCACGACCUACAGCGGAACCCUGGCGCAGAACAUCGCGACCGCCAUCGCCAACGGCUACGCGCGCUCGCUGGUCAAGAACAUGUUUGUGGUGAACGCCUACCUGUCCUCGGGGGCAAUCAACAACUUCACCUCCGCCGUGACCGAUCAGGGUCUGUUCGGCAACAGCGCUAUCGGCACCAACACGCUCAUCUUCCGCAAGACCGGCGCCAUCUCGCUGUUCCAGAGGUACCCCGGCAGCAGCGGCGCCUUCCCCGGCGGCUUCCCUCAAAUGACCGCUGACGUUUUGAUCGCCGACAUCCCCGUGCAGCGCAACCCCAACGCCCUGGGCGGCGUGGGCCUGGCCGGCUACGUCCACAUGACCAGCAUGCUGCUCACGCCCUACCUGGUCGCCCAGUCGCCUCCUCCCUCGCCCGCUCCCCCGCUGCCUCCUCCGUCGCCCCCUCUGCCGCCGCCGCCCACCGCCUUCCCCAACGGCCUCCAGGACUACCUCAACGCCAACCCCGAGCUGUCGAUCCUCAACACUCUGCUGUCCUGCACCAACAGCACCACGACAAUCCAGAACCUGCUCAACCAGGGCGCCCAGUACACGCUCCUGGCGCCUACCGACACCGCCUUCUCCAACUACCUCAACUCUGCCGGCAUCGGAGGCAACUGGCGCGACGUGCUGUGCAACACCACAAAUGGCCGGGCCGCUCAGACCGCCGACCUGCUCAACGCACACUUCAUCGCAGGCGUUUACUUUGGCGUAAACAUCACCGCCAACAACAACACGGCUGCCAACCUGUACACAUACGCUUUCAACGCGAGCUACAAGAUCCAGAUCCUCAACCUGAACGGCUUGUACACCGUGCGCCAGCAGAUGCCCAUCACCAGCCAGACCUUCGUGUCCGGCAAGUACGACAACGCCAUCAACGGCACCGCCGCCGUGGCGCACAUGAUCACCGCUGUCCUGGCCCUGCCCGUGCCCUUCCCUCCCCCGCCUCCUCCUCCCCCUCCCCCGGGCAACGGCCCCGCCGGCGCUGCCGCCGUCUCGGUCUACGUUGGUCUGCGCAACGAGCCCGAGGCUGCCCUGUUCGUCAACCUGGUGGACAAGUUCAACCUCACCCUGCCCAGCGGCGUGUCCACUCCCGCCACCGCCUACCUCAACACACCCGACACUGUGGCCACGGUGCUGGUGCCCUCGGUCAACGCCGUGAACGCCUUCCUGGGCCGCGUGUCCUUCGCCGGCACCCCCAUGAGCUACGCCGACUGCAUCGCUCCCUCGGGCACGCCUCAGCAGGUGGCGGCUAAGCUCGCGGUCUGCGGCGGCAUCGUGCAGUUCGCGGUGCUGCCCGGCACGCAGUUCCUGCCCUCCUUCACCGCAGCCGACUACACGCUCAACCCGCCCAUCGUGGCGGACGGCACCUUCAAGUACAUCCUCAUCGGCAACAACACCGGCGCCGGCUCCUCCGCGACCAAGAUUGCCUACCGCCUGGACACCAGCACCAACCCCAUCGUCACCACCAGCCUGGCCUUCCAGACCACCACCUCGCCGCCCUGCAGCGGCCUGGCCGUCACCUCCAAGGGCCCCAUCCCCGCCGGCGUGCCCAACUUCCUGACCAAGCAGCAGGGCAUGAUCUACGUCAUCAGCCAGGUGCUGUUCCCACAGGAGAUUUAUAACAGCGCCAUUGCCGGCAGCGGCGCCACCUAUGCCGGUUGCCCGCCGUAACACGUACGCCGCGAGCUUGGUAGCUUGUACACGAGCGUAAAGCUUAUGUAUGUAGUAAUGAAGCCACAACGCGAGCACGUACGUUGAGUAUACUUGAUAGUAGUAUGCGGACUGUGUGUUAGGAGUAACACGAGAUAGGGAAGACGCAGACGGUGCAUGCAACGACUCUGUGUUCAAAGCAACAAAACGGGGUGUGUGUUUGUGUGUUUGGAUAGGCGGCGCUACACGUGGCGCCACGCAUGUGUCGCCAUGUCGCCCUCAGUCUCAGGAGCCUGUGAGGCCGGCUCGAUGGUUGUGGGGAGAUCAGUCGAGGGGGCGUGGGAAGCCGGACCCGCUUGCUGUAUGGCUGUUCCCACACACCCACAUGCAAGCAUAAGAAUGCAAACCGAACGCGCACAGCCCUCCCGCAUUGAUGUUGACAAGAAGGGACAGUCCGACCAAUGAUGGUGCACCGUAUUUAUGCCAUGAGGUACCAUACGGUGUGUGUGCGAUGGGACAGCGUGUGUUUAAGUUGCGUGGCAGUGCUGGCAGUUGGCUGGCAAGACCACUCGUGGAACGUGUAUGGGCCGCUGCAGCAUAUCGCCUUGUCGCUUUGCGCUUUUGCUGAUGUGGGCCUACCGCCCACGGGCGCCUUUUUGUCUGCAUUGUGUAAAUGGGGCAGAUCCAUGGAAGAAGCGGCUUGUUGAGAUGCAGUGGAGACACCUAGGGAGACACCAAAAGGCACCAGACGGACGCAAUGCCGGCGGUUCUGAUGGGAGCGGAACGGAGGGGAUGAGGGAACGGUAGAGAUGGUGUGCAUGGCGGCAGCCGCAUUGAUUCUUGAUUAGUGGUAGAUACCGUUGGAGUGCUGGAUAAUUAGCUGCUCCCGUCGUUCCCGCCAAUGCCUGAUGCCCGCCGGACUUAUAAAGCAAAGUGUGUAUCACGUUUUCACGCAGCAAGGUC